UGCUUUGCUAAGUUAGAAUCUGAACCAACCUAACUGCUAUAUACAGCAUAGAUGAUUUUUCACAUCAGUAUAGUGUGAGGACAAAAUGGUCAGUUGGUGAGAUCAGAGGAAGUUAACACCCACAGGGUGAGCUGAUGGUGUUAAAAGGAAGAGCUGUAAUUAUAGAGUGAAAAGAAAGACUGUCAGAAACAGAAAAUGGCUGAUAAGCGUCGCAUGUGUCUGCUGGGACUGAUCAUUCUCUGUGCACUUCUCACAGGUAUCAGUGGAGUGGAUGUGAGUCAAGUGUUCUGCAGUUCUGGUGAAAAUGUCCGUCUGUCCUGUAAUAAUGCUCUUUCUGGCUGCACAUCAACUACAUGGAUCUAUAACUAUAACACACAUUCAGAGACAGUUGAACUGAUUGCUGGAGGAAUAAAGAAGACUGACACAGAGAGACAUGAGAGACUGAGUCUGGACUCUGACUGCUCUCUGAACAUCAAGAAAGUCACAAAAGAAGAUCGUGGAGUUUACUUCUGCAGACAAUAUGUGAAUGAACAACAACAAGGAACUGAUGCAUAUGUUUAUCUGCAUGUUCUUCAUGUCUCUUCAUCAUCCUCACAGUCUGAGAUCAGAUCAGGCAGCUCUGUGACUCUCUCCUGUCAGUUAUAUUAUCAUUAUUAUCUAUUCACUUGUGAUACUUUGGUUGGUUUUGAGAGACUUGAGCUGAUCUGGGUGAAUCAGGCUGGUGUGAAUCUGCAGACAGACUCCAGAUUUCAGAUAUCAUUCUCCUCAGAACAGUGUCUCAGCUCUCUGACUACAACACUCCUGAAUGAAGAUCACAACAGAGAGUGGAGAUGUCAGGUUAAACACAGAGAUCAACUGAAGACCUCAGCCACAUAUACUGUCAAGUAUCAGACUCCAACCGAAACAAAGACACCGUCUCCAGUCACCAUCUCUAAAUCACCUGCAGCUCCUACACAACCAGCUUCAGUCGAUUCAACACUGAUUCCAGUCAGCAGCUCAAACUCUGAGAAGAAAUCAAGUCAAACUACAGCAGCAGCUUCUACAAAACAAGAGAAACAGACUACACACACCCCUGAGACUACUUCAGAUACACAGCAAGCUUCAGUCGAUUCAACACUGAUUCCAGUCAGCAGCUCAAACUCUGAGAAGAAAUCAAGUCAAACUACAGCAGCAGCUUCUACAAAACAAGUCUCUCUCUCAGUGAUCUGGAUUGCUGUUGCUGCUGCAUUGGCUGUUCUGAUUACUGCUGUUAUUCUUUGGGUGAUUCGCAGAAAAAGAGCUGAUAAGAGAGAAGGGACUAAUGACUCUGUGGAGCAGAAAGAUGAUGUGACUUAUACUGAGGUUGUCACACACUGUAAAAUCAGAGCCAAAAAGAACAAGGUUCAUGAUGAUGAUAAAGUGACUUAUUCUUCUAUCAGAGGAGCAACAGUUAGACCUCAGGAUGACUGCAGUCAGCUUUAUGCCUCUGUGAACAAGAACCAUCACAAAUAAGUCAAACAGUCAUUAAUUAUACAAUUAGAGUAUCAUGUGUAGAGGAAUAUAAACCUUGUAUAAUUGACUCCAUAGAUUUCCAUUCAGUGCCAUUGUAAAUAAUGUCUUUCAUAUAUUAAAGGCAUAGUUCACCCAAA